AUGCGCCAGACUGGACAAUCCAACGCUUCCGAAAACAGUGUACUCGUCAACUUCCUUUUAAUGAAUGUAAAAGGUCUCACAGCUAUGGCUGUGCAACUGAAAGCAACACAGAGUUUAGCUGCAGCAGAUGCAACUACAACCAAUCAGGACACAGAAAUGGAAGGCACGGGUGUAUUCAACAGACAUACCAGGAUUUAUCCACUUUCUAAUCUGGAUGCAGAGGAAGUGAAGCGCAGGGUGAACAGCUUUAGCAGGAAUAAGUCCCAAUGA